GCUCACUGCCAACCUCGGAGAGUUCCGUCAGGAGGCAGCGAACAAAGAUGCCGAGAUCUGCCAAAUGCUCAGCCGGAACUUGGAAGCGGCCAUGGACAACGAGCACAAGGUUGACCAAGAGAUCAAACUGACGGCGAAGAAGGACCGAACGGAGCUGGACGCCGAGAUAGCCCGCUUGGAUGAUCUCCUCACUGAGUGCCGGAACACGGCGGCCA